AUGUCGUACCUUCUGCACUCGUCGUCGUACGCAGCCGCCACGGCGGCUGCCGAGCGCGACGGCCCCGCCAGAGGCGCUGGGGGUGGUCCCCUCAACGUUGUCCUGAGCAGAGUUCGCUCUCUUCUCCACGGAGAGCCGUCUCGGGUGGCGCGUGCAACUAGCAUCAUUGACGACGGCAGCAGUGGUAGUCUCAAGCGCGCCGAGAGACACAGCGGUGCCUCUUCUGCGAGCCGCCGCGAGGUGCUGCUGCCCUUAACGCAUGACAGCGCACGAGUGGCGCGUGUUCCCGAGGUGUCAGGCUUCAUCGAGCAUGGUGGCGGUUUUGCCAUCCCUGCAGCGAAGGCAUCUCCCCGGACCGCCCCUACACCAGUCGCACCGCCCACAACCAACGAAUCUCCUGUCCACCGCCCCCCAAGCGCUCGGCCCGUUGAUGCUGCAAGAGAUGCCAGCCUCUACGAGCGCGCUGUGGAUUACACUGACCUGGAGGAGAUACUGCGGUGCCCUCUGCCGCCGGUGCCGGGCUGUCCGACACCGUGUGCCUUCGGCAGACACUCGGCCGGCUUGAGCAGCGAUGGCAGCGUCACCGCGGCUGCGACUCUCUCACCGCCACCUGCGCCCUCUUCUGCACGUCAGCCACCGCUGGUGUUCCGCUGCAUCGCUGCCGACUCCGACACUGGCAUUUCUGUGUACAGCACCCCAGCUGAGGAUUGCCCGAUGCACCUCAUGCGCGCCUACGCGGUGCUGCCGUGCUCUCCCGGGGAUGUGCUCCAAUACAUGGACAACGACAUUCGCCCUAGGUGGGACUCGCACUUACGUCGUAGCGCGCUGCUGCGAGAGCUGACACCACCUGAGCAGACCAAGGCGGUGGAGCGUCAGUAUCGUCUCUCGACCUCCAUCGGCACUGCAGGAGCGGCUGUGAGUCAGCGCAGCCCAACCAGCCUGUCAGCGCAGAGCCAAGGAGCGCUCCGCCAACGGGCAUCAUCCUCUCCGCGUACGACGGGCGCUAUCCACGGUGGCUGUGGCAGCGCGGUGGUGUCUGGCCCCGCCACUGCCGCCGCCUCCUCGCCGACUGCUUUUCAGUACCUUCCUGGUCAGCGCCGCGUUGCGAUUCACUACCUUGAGACACGAAGCCCCGUCCCGUUCGUGCAAGACCGUGAUUUCGAAAUUGUUGUCGCGGAGGAGGUGCGACCUGACGACACAGCGUACGUGAAAGCCUUCUCUACCCCGCUGGGCUACCACAUGCCCCUCGGCCCGCAUCAGUCGCGCUACGUGCGGGCAGUGGUGGUGCUCUCCGGCAUGGUGGCCCGCCCCCUCGACGCUGCCCGCGUAGAGGAGGUGUUGCCGCCAGUGCUACUGCGACACCAUCGAGCUGCGGCUCAGCACGGCAACAUCCAGGUAGCGGGUAUAGCGACAAAGAAGCCCAGCGCUUCCGCCACCGUGUGUGGCGAUGCGGCAGCUCGCGCGGCAUGUGUGGCGGCGCCGCACCGGUACUGUGUCGUGGAGUACGUUGGCCUUGUGCACCCCAUGGGGUUGCUACCUGCAGUUCUGGUCAACAUGAUCAUCUCAGCACAGCUGAACGCGAUGCGCAAGAUGCAGGCCUUCAUCAUGCAACACCCCAUGUCCACCCUCCGACCGAGGAGUGCCACGCACGCGGCAACGGGCGAGGCGACUGGCCAGCCGCUGCAGGAGCUGUUGGUGUCGCUGCAAUCGCUGUCGCCCUCACCGCGAAAAAGCAGUCGCAUGGGGAAGUCUCAAGAAAGCGACGCCGCGGGGAGAACACGCGAAGUCAAGCCGGAGGCGACCGGUGCAUCUGCCGCCUCCGUGUCGGCGCCGCUCGCUGCCUCUCCUGCCCCCGUGUGGUGGCGCCGGCAGAUGCACCGCUUUGCAUCAAAUUUGUAA